AUGAUGUCUUCGACGCACGACGACUACACGAUCGCGUGGAUAUGCGCAUUACCGCUAGAGGCCGCAGCGGCCCGCCUCAUGCUGAACCGUACCCACAGUCCACUGCUAAAUCCGUCCACCGAUUCGAAUGCCUACGAACUCGGCGAAUUAGACGGCCACUACAUUGUCAUUACUUCCAGCUGGCAUAUACGGGACAGUGGCCGCCGCGAAUGUUGUGUCUCGCAUGCGUUCUACGUUUCCUCGGCUCCAGUAUGGAUUGAUGGAGAUAUAGUAGUCAGCAAACCAGGUCCAAAUCAUAGUGGAGUGAUACAGUAUGACUACGGAAAGGCAGUUCAGGGCGGGCAUUUUCAGCAAACAGGCACCUCAAACAAACCACCACAGACUCUUUUGACCCAUAUCAGUCAACUAGAGGCGAAAGGGAAGGAAGGUUUCCCCCCCCCGGAGCAGGUUACAGACUUCCUUUUUGAAUCCUCCUAUCACCAUGCUGCCGGGAAACGCACCUGUGAAGAGUGUGAUAAAGAACGAUUAGUCAAACGAAAACCACGGGAAACCAGGACACCUUACAUCCACUACGGGUUGAUUGCAUCGGGAAAUCAGGUGAUGAAGGACUCAGAGACACGAGACCGCCUAGCCCUGCAGCAUGGGAUACUCUGCUUUGAGAUGGAAGCCGCAGGUCUCAUAGAUGAGCUUCCGACACUGGUGAUUCGAGGAAUAUGCGACUAUUGCGACUCUCACAAGCAGAAACAAUGGCAAGGAUAUGCGGCUUUAACAGCAGCUGCUUACGCGAAAUUGCUUCUAUCAACAAUUCCGGCACUCCCAAUCGUUAAUGUUGAUGCAAAAUUACGUGAAUAUUAUAUCAACCCUAAGAAUAAUCGUCUCGGGAUCGAACGCCUCUCUGGAGAGCCGCUGGAUAUGCAGCAAUGCUAUAUCAAUCUUUCAAUAAUAGAGUACAAGCAAAAUGAUCGGAAUAUGCCGCCACAAGAAAAAUCGCUAUCCUCGACAUUUUCACUGCCUAAUCGCCUAAAGUUAAGAGCAGAUGAUCCUGAGAAGGAAGUUACCCUUCCACAACUCUUCCACGAGCGGAAGCUGUUAGACGGCCGAAAUGCGCAACCCCGACGCAUCCUCAUCCGAGGACGGGCAGGUGUUGGAAAGACGACACUUUGCAAGAAAAUUGUCUACGACUUUCUAUACCAUCAGAUGUGGGCAGACCUUUUUGAUCGCAUCAUAUGGAUACCUUUGCGAAGACUUAAGGGGAUGUCAGACUUGGAUGAAUUUUUCCGUCAUGAAUUCUUUAAACACGAAGCAGAGCGCGACGGUUUAGUUAUAAAACUCCGAAAAACAGCUUUGGACCAAGCCCAUACGAAAACUCUCUGGCUAUUGGAUGGCCUCGAUGAAGUUUCAGGAUAUCGCAAUCCUUCCGGAGCCGACCUGACUGAAAUAUUUAAUAGCUUAUUGAAUGAAGACAAUGUGAUUAUCACAUCCCGUCCACAUGCCGUGAAGCUUUUGGGCCUGACUCCUUUUGACCUGGAGUUAGAGACUGUCGGGUUUCACGUUAAUCAAGUGUACGCUUACCUAGCGAAAGCCAUGACGGAUCCAGAUACUAUUAACCAGAUCUCUUCGUUUAUUCGGAGCCAUUGGCUGAUUCAGGGACUGGUUCGAAUACCCAUCCAGCUCGAUGCAUUAUGCUAUAGUUGGGAUAACGAUUUCCCUUCUGGUGCUCUGCCACAAACCAUGACAGCAGUAUACCAGGCUAUUGAACUGAAACUAUGGAAAAAGGACAUAUUAAACCUUGAGAAGAGAAACAAUACUGGACACAAUAGUGGAACAGCAAUCCGAAAACUGCGGGCGCGCUUGCAGAUUGAGUCACAAUACAUGAAAACAGAGAUGCAUUUUCUGGAAUGUCUUGCCUUUACAGGAUUGUACGGCGAGAUUAUUGAAUUCCAACCAGGUCAUCGUGAUUGGCUAUAUGAACAACCGGAAUUUUGCGAGAUGUCUGAUGAUGUUCUCGACCGACUCUCUUUUCUGCGCACAUCAGAUGCAUCAGAUCAGGAUAAGAGUUAUCAUUUCUUGCAUCUUACUUUCCAGGAGUUUUUUGCUGCCCAAUAUUUCGUCCGGUGUUGGAGAGCGGAAUCUAGAGAGCCACUUAUCUAUCUCAAACCAGGCCAUGCAAGGGAAAACUGUAAAGUGGAAAUACCACCUGAGAAGUUUCUUCGAGAAGAAAAGUAUAGUGGACGCUAUGAUGUGUUCUGGAGGUUUGUUACAGGGCUGCUAUAUAGUAUUGACAAACAACAAGUAUGCUCAUUCCUUGAAAAAAUAGAGGAGGAGCCACGAGAUCUACUCGGUCCCGCACAUCAGCGGCUACUUAUGCACUGCUUCAGCGAGGUACCUCAAUUAGAAGACUCAGGACUGGUAAAAAGCGACAAUGAUUCCUUGUUGAACCUUCGAGAAAAAAUGGAACAUGGAUGUAUACGAUGGUCUCACUAUGAGGACCUUUCACUUGAGGAAAUGCGUCUCUGCAGUGAAACUGAAUUUCCAGAGCAUGUUCUAUGCACAUUACUUCAAGAAAGUUCCUUGCAGAGAGAGAGCUCCUGCAGAAAAAAGAUUCUCAGAGCAUUGGCCCGUCGGUGGCAUAUGUCGUUCAAUCUCAUAGGUAUAGUCGCAAAUUUUAUGGGUGACAGUUACCCAGAUGUAAGGCGCGCAGCUAUUAAAGCCUUAGGCACACGAUCUCCCUGGUCACCUGACAUCCUCAAGGCGGUGAUACGCCGGCUAGAGAACGAUGAAGACUUGGAUGUGAGGCGCGCAGCUAUUGAGGUCUUAGGCACACAAUCUUCCUGGUCACCAGACAUCCUCGAGGCUGUGAUAUGCCAGCUAGAGAAUGAAAAAUACUCGGAUCUGGCGUCCAAAAUAGAAGCUCUAUUAUGGAAACAUGAUGAGUUCCUUUUCCCUUUCUUCUACUUGAAUGCUAAUGCUGCCUCAGCGUUGUGCAAAAUUUGGGCUCAAAGAAGUAUCCGUGAAACCUUUGCCUGCUAUGUUCGUGACGGAAAUGCAUGUUUUGAGACAUCGGAUGGGCGAAGGUCAAUACCUUUGUCUGAGAGAAAAAUAAAGUUGCUUAAGCGUAUAUUAUGGGCUGAAACUGUUAACAGCCCAAUAUUACGUGUGGUUUAUAGAGUUAGAUUCCCAUUUGCUUCAGUGGAAAGCUAG